AUGGCAUUUUUAUAUAUUACUUGUGGUUCACCUUUGUUCGAUAAGAUAUUAGUUGGAGGACCUGAUCAACGUCGUUUAACAAAAUAUUUAUUGGUCGACCGACAAUACGAUAUACUUGAGAGACCAGUUAGCAAUGAUUCAUUCACAGUACCUGUCAGUAUCAAUUUAGCUAUACAACAAAUCAUUGACUUUGAUGGAAAAAAUGAGGUUAUUGUCAUCAGUGGUUGGCUCGUUCUUAUGUGGAAUGAUUAUAAUUUAAUGUGGGAUCCAAAAGAAUUUGGUAAUAUUCAAACAAUACGAUUACCUAGUGCACAAAUUUGGACACCAGAUAUUCUCCUAUAUAACAGUGCCGAUGAAAAAUUCGAUAGUACAAUGAAAGUAAAUGCAGUUGUACAACAUAAUGGUGAUAUAUUAUAUGUUCCACCAGGAAUAUUCAAAUCAGAAUGUUCUUUCAAUAUUGCUGCAUUUCCAUUUGAUACACAAUAUUGCACAUUGAAAUUCGGUUCGUGGACAUAUGAUGAUACUGGUAUUAAUUUGACAGCUGAAAGUAAUAAAGGUCAAUUGGAUGCAUAUAUGAAAAGUGCUGAAUGGGAUUUAGAAGAUUUUUCUGCAGUUAAUAAUGCUACAAAAUAUGAUUGUUGUCCGACUUUAUAUCCAUUUGUUCUUUUUACUUUGAAAAUUCGUCGACGUUCUUUAUAUUAUUUUACAAAUAUCGUCCUACCUUGUUUUCUUAUAAGUUGUAUGACAAUACUUGGCUUUUUAUUAGCACCAGAUAGUGGUGAAAAAUUAACUUUACAAAUUACAAUUCUUCUUUCUGUUGUUAUGUUCAGUCUACUCAUGUGUGAAAUAAUGCCACCAAGUUCAGCUGCUGUACCAAUUAUUACGAAAUAUUUUAUGUGUAUUAUGGUUAUGUCAACAAUUUCUGUUAUUGCAUCAGUACUGGUAAUAUCAGUUCAUUUUAGAACUUCGAAAAAUCAUAAAAUGCCAAUAUGGGCUAAUAAAUAUAUAUGUCAUUAUUUGGCAUGGUUAUUACUUAUGAAACGUCCUCGACAUGAUUUAAGUUGGAAAGCAAUACGUCGUCGAUGGGGUCCAUUGAAACAAGAAUCAAAUACUAUCAAUAAUUCAACUAGUAAUCAUCGAUAUAAAUCUCCUUCUGCACCGUUAUUAAGUAAUGUUUUUGAAUCACUACCAAACAAUGUUAUCGAUGUCAAUAGACAAUCAUUUCAACUCAUAGAAGAUCCAAAUAAGGAACGUUCUGAGUCACCCAUAAAAUAUUCAUCAACAUCAAAUUCAAAUAAAAUUCCGCGUUCUUAUCGACAACAAGAUUUAUCUAGAGAAGUUCAUUUAUUCGAUACAGAAAUGAUUCGUUCUGAAUUACGUGUGAUUAUUUCUCAUCUUGCUAUUCUUACACAUCAUACACAUCACGAGGAAAAACUUGAUAAUGAAUCUCAAGAUUGGAAAUUUAUGGCAAUGGUUAUUGAUCGUUUAUGUUUAAUAUUUUUUACGCUAUCCAUGGCUCUUUUCACUACACUUACUCUUUUAUCAACACCUAACUUUUACAAACUUCAAUAG